CUCGUGCCAAGGCUCCGCCGGCUAAGAGAAGCGAAAAGGGCUAUGGGGACGGGAAUGAUAUGAGUCAAUUACAAUGUGGCUCAAUUACAACUUACUCAGUCUAUUGUUGUCGGCUUUCGCAAGUAAUUUCGUAGUGCAUUAGGAAAUUGCAAACGAGCAACAAUUAUCGAAAGUGAUUACAGACUAGGAUUGUUGCAGGGAAGAUUAACAGGUUGUGGGAGAAGCUAGCAAAGGAAAUGGACCCAUCACCAAAUUCACAGUUUGUGAGUAACCCUCAUUUGAAGUUGCUGGAUGAUGACAUGCUCUUUCACAUUGGAAUAAAGGCCGGUGAUCAUCAAAAACUCAGAAACUUGUUUGGUGAUGUCAAGUUUGUUUGCAUGGGAGGAAGCACUGGCCGCAUAAAGCUCUUUGCUAAGUUUAUACAAAAUGAACUCAAGGACCAUGUGAAGGUUGACAAGGAGCCUUGUAACAUGUCAAAGUCUGAUCGCUAUGUGCUGUACAAAGUUGGACCUGUCUUAGCUGUAAAUCAUGGCAUUGGAACUCCUUCCCUGAUGGUUAUUUUGCAUGAAAUUCUCAAAUUGCUGCACUAUGCUGAAGCACAAGAUGUUAAAUUCUUCCGCAUCGGCACAUCAGGAGGCUUAGGUUUGGAACCUGGAACAGUUGUGAUCACAAGAACUGCUGUUAAUGCUCUCUUAGAGCCAUUUAGUGAACAGGUGAUUUUAGGUAAAGUGGUGAGAUUUCCAACGACCCUUGAUGAGCAGCUUCAAAAACAGUUGUUAGAUUGCAGUGGUGAAAUACUUACAGCGACUGGAAACACAAUGUGUACACAUGACUUUUAUGAGGGUAAAAUGAUGUUUUAUAAUAAUUAUUGCAACUUUAAACCUAUUUCUCCCGAGUGAAUAUUUCCUGAGAUUGACAAAUAUAAAAUUCUACCUAAUUUUGCAGGACAGUUUUAAGUAGCAUAUCAGUUAAGUGUGCAACAAUUCAAUGAAAAAAAUGAUUUUCUGAGAUCUUUUUGUAUCUAUCUUAGUUAAUUAUUACAUGUAAUCAAUGGAUUCCAGAGUAUUUUUGCCAUCUUUUGGAGUUAAAUGGCCAAAUCAGUUGAAAGUAGUUCUUCCAAUUCUCAGGAUUGAUGUGUGAAAUAUAUUUUAAUUUCUUACUUAAUUUCAUCUGUUCAGUAAUAAAUAAUCAUGGCAAAUCAUAUGCAGUAUUUUGCCACCCUUCAAUACUGAUGAAUCAAAUUUGUUGUAAGUUGUUUCUUUUUUGGGGUAAACUUCUCUUUUAAUAGUAUCGAUGAAUGAUUGUUACCAGACAAGUUUUCUUUUUCAUGACUGGUACAAU